AUGAAGUACAUCCUUGUGACUGGAGGCGUCAUUAGCGGCGUUGGAAAGGGCAUCAUCGCCUCUUCCACCGGCUUGCUUCUCAAGUCACUUGGCCUCAAGGUCACGGCGAUUAAAAUUGAUCCUUACAUUAAUCUGGAUGCCGGAACCAUGAAGCCUACAGAUGAUGGUGGCGAAGUCGAUCUCGAUAUGGGAAAUUACGAGCGAUACCUCGCCGGAAUCUCGCUGACGCGCGAGCACAACAUCACGACCGGACAGGUCUAUAAGGAGGUCAUUGACAGGGAGCGCCGCGGCGACUACCUCGGCAAGACGGUGCAGAUUGUUCCCCACGUCACGAAUGCGAUCCGUGAAAGGAUUCAGCGCGUGGCGAAGAUUCCUGUGGACGCUUCCGGGGAGGAGCCGGAUGUCUGUAUAGUCGAACUCGGCGGAACCGUCGGCGACAUCGAGUCCAUGCCCUUCGUCGAAGCUCUCACCCAACUCCGAUACGUAACCCCCAAGUCCGACUUCUUCAGCAUCCACGUCUCCUUCGUGCCCGCCAUCCACGGCGAGCAAAAGACCAAGCCGACCCAGCACUCCGUCAAGACGGUCCGCAGCGCGGGCAUCAUCCCCGACCUCCUCGCCUGCCGCUGCGACAAGCCCCUCGAGGCCUCCACCAUCGCCAAGAUCGCCCUGCACUGCCAGGUCGAGGAGAGGCAGGUCAUGGUCGUCUACGACAUGCCCAGCAUCUACCAGGUGCCCGUCCUCCUCGAUACUCAGAACCUCGUCUCCGUGUUGACGCCUGCCCUUAACCUCGAUAAGAUCCCCCGCAAUGAGACGCGCAUAAAGAAGGGUGUUGAGAUGUGGGGUCUGUGGAAGGACACCGUCGUCAGCCGCGACGAUCCUCCCGUCACCAUCGCUCUCGUUGGCAAGUAUACCGAGCUCCACGACUCGUACCUGUCCGUGGUCAAGUCCCUCGAGCACUCCGCCAUGAAGUGCCGCCGCACGCUAGACCUCCAAUGGAUCGACUCCGAGCUCCUCGAAGAGACAGCCGAUAAAGCGGCCUACGACUCGGCCUGGGCCAAAGUCAAGAGCGCCAACGGCAUCCUCGUGCCUGGCGGUUUCGGCCACCGCGGCACCGAGGGCAUGAUCGCCGCAGCCAAGUGGGCCCGCGAGAACAACACACCCUUCCUAGGUAUCUGCCUCGGCAUGCAGGUAGCCGUUAUCGAAUUCGCCCGCAACGUCGUGCAUCUCUCGAAGGCCACGUCGGAGGAAUUCGAUGGCGACGCCGAGCACCAAGUCAUCAUCUUCAUGCCCGAGAUCGACAAGACCAAGAUGGGCGGCACCAUGCGUCUGGGUCUCCACGAUACUCACUUCCAGCCCGGUAGCGAGUGGAGCAAGCUCCGCGCGCUGUACGGAAACGUCGACGUCGUUAGCGAGCGCCACAGGCACCGGUACGAGGUUAACCCCGCGUACGUGGAUAAGCUGCACGAUGCCGGGCUUAAUUUCCUUGGCAAGGACGAUAAGGGUGAGAGGAUGGAGAUUAUGGAACUCAAGGAUCACCCUUAUUACGUCGGUGUGCAGUAUCACCCGGAGUAUACGAGCCGCGUGCUUGAUGCGAGCAAGCCGUACCUCGGAUUCGUGGCAGCGAGCGCUGGGUGCUUGGGCCCGAUUAUGAAGGAGAUGGUGCAGAGGAACACGAACGGAGUUUGUGGAAAGCCACACGCUUAA